UAUCUUAACUGAUAAAUAACAGAUUGGAGAUUAAAAUAAUAGCAGAUUUGUCUCAUUUUAAAUGAAUACUAAAAACUGAGUUGAAAAAAUGACUUAAAAACCAGCAUAUUCUGGUUAGGUAUGUUUUGAAGCAUGGGCUGCUGGACAUGAGUUGGUUUAAGCUGGUGACGUGCUGGUCCUAAGCUGGUCCUUAUUAACAAACUAGUGAAAUACUAUCUUGAAUCAUUUAAAGCUGAAUUGUUCAAUCAGUUAUUUAAAACAUUGUGAAUAUGAAGAAAUGAGACAGACACUCUGAGUAAUUUUCCCCGUAUUAUUUUCCCUCCUCUCGACUCCAGUCCAGCGGGUGGCGCUAGAACACAGACGCUUGUUUGCCAAACACCAGUAAACCUCAGAGGAGGAAUAUUAGUUUCACCGUGCUCUGCUUUGUUUUGAUGUUGGUUUAAUACAAACUGUUAGAAAUGUUUCUGUAAGUAGAAAGAAAAGCAGUUUUUGAAUCAGGUCAGUAAAUACCUAUAUUAUUAUCAUCCUCACAGUCGUGACUAAGUUUUGAAGCAAGCAGGAAUAUCUGGAGGAGUAUCAGCUGUGAAGAUGGUGUUUGUUAAAGAGGAGAGUGAGGAGAACACGAGUGAACCAGAAACCUGGAGAAUAAAACACGAGGAACCAGAAACCUGGAGAAUAAAACACGAGGAACCAGAAACCUGGAGAAUAACACACGAGGAACAAGGAGAGUUGUUUGAAGAUAAUGAGGAGAAAAAUCAUGUGAAAAGUGGAGAAAACCCCAAACGGAAAGAUUCAAAGAAAAAAAGAGCCAAGAAACAAUUCACCUGCGCUCAAUGUGGAAAAGGUUUCACAUGCAAACGCACUCUUGAGCUUCACAUUAGAGUUCACACUGGAGAGAAACUGUUCACUUGUGAUCAGUGCGGGAAGAGUUUCACACAAUCAUCAAACCUUAUGAAACACAUGCACAUUCAUACUGGAGAGAAACCGUACUCAUGUGAUCAGUGUGGGAGGAGUUUCACACAAAAAGGAAACCUUUUAUCACAUAUGAGAGUUCAUACUGGAGAAAAACCGUUCACUUGCGAUCAGUGCGGGAAGAGUUUCUCACAAUCAGCAAAUCUUAAGGAUCACAUUAACAUCCACACUGGAGGAAAGCGGCACGCAUGUGAUCAAUGCGGCAAAACAUUUUUGUGGGCUUCAGUCCUGAAGAAACACCUGAAAGUUCAUUCAAAGGAGAAACCUCAUUCAUGCCAUUUAUGUGGAAAGGGGUUUUCAUGUAUAGAACAUUUGAAAGUUCAUCAGAAAAUACAUGCUGGUGUGAAAGAGUUCAUGUGCUUUGAGUGUGAAAAGACUUUUACUUUAGCUGAACAUUUAAAACGGCACCAGAGGAUUCACACUGGAGAAAAACCUUAUAAGUGUUCACACUGUGACAAGAGAUUCAUUCAGUCAUCACAUCUGAAAACACAUGAGAGGAUCCACACUGGGGAGAAACCGUACAAGUGUUCACACUGCGACAAUAGAUUCAGACGGUCAGGAACCCUGAAAAGACAUGAGAGGAUUCACACUGGAGAGAAACCUUAUGUGUGACCCUGGAUCACAAAACCAGUAAUAAGGGUCUUUUUUUAUUAUUAUUAUUAAAUUGAGAUGUAUACAUCAUCUGAAAGCUGAAUAAAUAAGCUUUCCAUUGAUGUAUGGAAAAUGGAUAUUGUUACAAUAGGACAAUAUUUGGCCGAGAUACAACUAUUUGAAAAUCUGGAAAUAAAAAAAAUAAAAAUAUUGAGAAAAUUGCCUUUUUAGUUGUCCAAAUGAAGUUCUUAGCAAUGCUUAUUACCAAUCAAAAAUUAAGUUUUGAUAUUUAUGUUAGGACAUUUACAAAAUAUCUUCAUGGAACAUGAUCUUUAUUUAAUAUCCUAAUAAUUGUUUCAUAUCCUAAUAAUUUUGACCCAUACAAUGUAUUUUUGGCUAUUGCUACAAAUAUGCCUGUGCGACUUAUGACUGCUUUUGUGCUCCAAGGUCACGUGUUCACACUGUGACAAGAGAUUCAAUCAGUCAAUAAUCUGAAAACACACGAGAGGAUCCACACUGGAGAGAAACCGUAUCACUGUGCUGCAUGUGGGAAAUGUUUCAAUCAAUCAUCUGCUCUACACAGGCAUACAAAAAACAAUCACAGGGCUGGGCGGUAUGAUGAUAUAUAUUGUUACCACAGAAUAAAAUGUCUACCGUAAAAGAUUUUUUAUUCUGUGUAUACUGCGAAAUGCAAAUAUGUGGGCAUGGUUAACUCAUGUGCAGCGCGUGUGAGACCGAGACGCAGCAAUUGUCAAGGAAACAUGGAGAAAGACCAAAGAACAGACCAGGAGGAUCCACAAAGAAUUAAAUUUUCUAAAGGGUUGUUAAAAACAUGAUAUUGUCGGAACAAAGGUUCAGAAGUCAACCGCGAUAGCAGUGCAUCAUCUGGCCAGACAGUUUAGAGGAGCGCACAGGCUCACAAAGGAGGAUGCGUUAUGAAUUAAGCUGAAAUGUUUAAAUCUUGUAGUGUUACAAUUAACCCGGCACUUGUGCCCCACUCACUCCGUACCAGUCGCGUAGCUACUUUCAGCUGUGGCCCACCCAAUAAGAAGUUUGUAAUUUUCCAAAUGGAUGUAAUUUAUUAAACGAUACUAAUAAACGUCUUAUUUCACUGCAACUUUAUUUAUUAACAAUAUUAAACGCUUGUUUUCAUGGUCAAUUACAGGUAGUUUUCGCUCUUUCUAUAGGUGCAUCAUAUGCUUGUCAAAAUGAUGAUUCGUCCAUUUCUGUUAGUCCCACCCACAAUGUUAUGUUUAUGACCUAUGUUCACGACGUACGGAUAUAAUAGUAAAAUGUGCGCGCAGGGAUUAAAGUUCUCCGUCGCAACGACGGAUUUCCGUUAAAUGCAGAGAGUCUACGACGGAUUUCUGUCAAUUGCAGGGUUCCCGCCUGUCCUUAAUGUCUUAAAUUCACUUUUCAUAAUUUUAAAGCCGUAAAUAGGCUUACAUUUCUCAAACAGUGUAAUAAAUGUCUUAAUUUUAGCUUGAAUAGGUCUUAAAUUAAGGAAAGACGAGGUGUAUUCAGCCUGCUGAGGGGGAUGUGAUCAAAGCCUGGCGUGGAGCGAAAGCACGUUCCUCUCUCCGCUCGAAGCGCUCUGUAAUCACUCCGCUCUCGAUCCACUCCGGGUUUUCUGUUCCCGCUCACGGAAAAACUGCUCCGUGUUCACAAACGAGGGAAUGUAUCGCGUUGUUGUUGUUGUUCUGCUGGCACAUCAAAAAUCAUCCCCGCUACGGCUGCAGCUUCUCACUGACAACAAAGUAACGCACAGUUACAUGUUACAUCAUUCACAGUCAGGUUAUUAUCAGAGAACAGAGCAGAAUUCGGCGCGCGGCUGUUACCGGUAAUAAUCAUUCUACUCAUUCCCGCAGGUUCCGACGGAAUGUAUCACAUUUGCAGAGCCUGUCCUCCAACAAAAAACGACCCUAUAGGUCGUUUGUGCAAGCCCUUAUUACGACCUAUAUUUACGUUUUAAAGUUAAGCGCCCUCUAGCGCGAGUAAAAAUAAUGACAGUCUCGGCAAGCUACGGCUUGUACCACGUGACCGCUACACCUAACGCGGAACCAGAGAAAAAUGCCGGCGCUUUCAAAGAAAGCUAUAUUACUGCUCUAAAAAAAGAGGAAAAUAGAUGCAUGUAUAUAGAUACUAUAAUGUACUAUAAAAAACAUACCGUGUUCGUACUGUUAUUUUGUUGUUGUUCUCAACAGUCUUUCGCGGGCUCAUUUUGUUGACUGUCGCUAUAGAAACAGAUAAUUCCCAGUUGGAGGACGUGAACAGCCCCGAGUUGAACGUCACGUGUUAUCAUCUCGGAAUUACGGUAAUUACGAUAUGGCGUGAAAGCAGCAUUUUUACACCGAACUCACAGUAUUCAUACAUAUUUUACUAGGUGGCUAAUUCGUACGAAUGACCACACCUAAACCUACCCCUUACAGAAAUCAUGCAAAAUCAUGAUUUGUAGUGCACAUUUUAUGAGCAUGUGCUUUCUCUGGGAUCGAACCCAUGAUCGCAUGAUCACGUAAUUACAUAUCGUCGUAUAAUGCAAUGCUCUACCAACCGAGCUACAUGAAACCCGAACUAUAACGCAAAUAAAAGAGUACAAAACAUUAAUAUGAAAAUGUCCUGUUGCUGAUAGGGGCACAAUUGUAGUAUACGCUCUGAUGGGUCGUAUUUCAGGGACUUGGACAAACGACCUAUACGGGCCUAUUGGUUGGAGGACAGGUUGCAUUUGCACCUGCUUUCGAGUCUUGAGAACUCGCUCGCGCGCUCUCAUUUUCUGUGCACAGAUCGCGAUAAGGAGAGUGACAGCUUUUAAUAAUUAUUAAGGGAGUUUGCAAGUGUGAUAUUGAUUUAAUACAACAGAUCAAUAAACAAGUACUUUAUGAUUUUGCUCUAUAUCAUCAACAAAAAUAGUUCUAAAUAAAGUAACCGCUGAGCCGCUGCGCAUCUCUAAAAGCAAACACAGCGGUGUUUCAUUCAUGAAUGAAAGUGCGUUUUUAAAAGACCCUUUGGCGUCUCUUUUUGACUCACAGGGUACCCCUUUAGUGUCAUUUUUCGACGUGCACCCUCCAUUGCUUUAAAUAAGAAAUCCUUAGCGUCAAUAUGCCUACGCAAAGGCUUAUCGUCAUGAUUAAAUUAUAUAUUGGGCAAUAAUAUUGCCAUUGUUGCAUAUAUGUUGGGGUGUGUCACGACAGUUAUAUUUAUAUUACACUAUUUACACAUUUAUGAGCACGUAACCCAACCACUGCCCCUAAACCUACCAUUUGUCAAUAAAACACACAGGCAGAUACAACAACCGUCAUAAUUAAAAAAUAAAUAAAUAAAUAAUAAUAUUCCAAGUCUUUCGAGGCAAAACGAUUGAUUUGUGAGAAGAAUAGACGCGGUCGCUGUCUCCGUCCGCCCUAAAGCUCUUCCUGUGUGCUGUCUCUGUGUGUGAAUUCAAAAAAUGCCGCCAGAAGAAGCCUUACAUUAGCAAUUGGCUCUUGUGUGUCUUGUGACCGAUUGCGUCAUGCUACGGGAGUAUCAUUUGAAUGAGAUGUGAGCGCGUUAACGGAGCGGGAUCAUUUUCAGCGAUUUAAACCUUUGUGUUUUACUCUCUUCUUCGCAUAAAGAUAUCGUAUGGCUUCAGAAGACUUGGAAUGCAACACGACAUGUUUGUAAUGCGUUUAUUCUGCUUGUUUAUGGUUGUUUUUUGCAAUAAAUACCUGUGGCUGUACUUUUAUUUGUCUGUUACGUGUUUUAUAUUGUUCAGAAGUGGGUAGGUUUAGGGUAGGGGUGGGGUUACGUGCUCCAAUGAAAGUAUAAAUUUAUAUAAAAUUAUUCAUAUUUAAUACAAAUGCAUGGGAACCAUUAAAUUAAGACAAACAACUGAAAACAAUGGAGGACUCUGUGCGUCGAAAAAUGACGCUAAAGGAGUACCUUGAGCGUCAAAAAGCGACGCCAAAGGGUCCUGACCAAGCGUCAAUAUAUGACUAGUUGGGGUGAGACCGUAUUGGUUUUCAGCGUCUGCCGUCUCGCCAAAUGAGCUCUAUUACAAAUAUAUAUAUAUAUAUAUUUUUUUAAAUACCCAAAACAGCGGGAUUACAAGAUGGAUAUAGACUAGAAAGAUAUUUAAACUUGCUCUACCCUUACAUCCAUGACAUUGACUCACUGCGGAGAAUAAAUACAAGGGAGGAAAAUGUAUAUUUCUUCUCUCCUUACUCUGUUUAUGUGGUAAGUGACAUUUUAUGUACUGUAAUGUAACUGUAACAGGCAACCGUUAGCAAUCGUUAUUCGUUUUCCAUGCCUUUCUGAAUACGGAUUCACGCUUUGGGCACACCCCCUAACCCCCACGAUGUCAUCGUCCAUCCUUUAUCAGAACUACCUCCUAUCUACUGAAUAGCAAGAUGUUAAAUUGUGUUUAAAGAAAACUUAUCAAAAAGGGUCACAUAAUUUUAUGUUUUAUGUUACGUUUUAUGUUAUAUUACAUUUUCAUCUCGUCUCUUUGGCUUGUUGUUUCUGAUUGCACUUUAACCCCAAGGGGGAAAUCCAGAUCAAAUCCCAGAAGGGAAAAUCAAAACAAAAUAAAGUUAAAACUUGUUUUGAACAAUUUCUUUGUCAUCUGCAGAUUGAUUUUAAGUAGGGGAGAAAAAAAAAUCGAUUUAAAUCGUAAAUCGGAUUUUUUGUGAAAAAAAUCGGCUAUUUUUUUUUUUAGGCCAUAUCGCCCAGCCCUACGUUAAAGUAAGUAAAUAUUUUACAAACUAUAAAUGUAUAGUUUUGCUAGUUCUUAUGUGUAUUUAAAUGUCUGAAAUCUAAAAUAAGCAUUAUAUGGUUGAAAACACUGAAUAAGUGAUAAUAUGACAAGCGCUUGCGCGUCUGAACUGGCUCCGCGCCAGAAAGCAGAUUUGAAUUCAGCAGUUGAUGACGUGACGCACUGAACGUGCUUAUCACACCAGUGUGAUCGUACGCUCCUGGGACCAGCCAAGACUGAUCACACCGGUGUGAUCGUACGCAUUAAAGGGUUAAAUAUAAACACUGUAUAAUACGAUAUUGAUGAUUUAUGUGUGUUGAAAGCAGUUCGUUUUACUAUACUUAUAGUGUGUCAUGAGUUUAGCAGGCCUGAGCACAUGGUUAGCAUGGGUGCCUCGCGAUUAGCGCGAUAGCCACUAUAUGUGAUAAAUGGUCAGUAUGUCGAUGCU